AUGUCUUCCUGGACUCACCUGGUUCGUUUCAUUGCCCUCGAGGACAACGAGGUCCAUCUUGGUCAAUUGGUGGAUACGGCUCGUGACGUUGGUCGAGACAGUGUCGAUGGCGUGGAGAUUGUUGUUUAUGUGAUUGUGGGCACCGUAUUUGAUGGCUGUGUGACGAAUCAACUCAUGCACGUUAAGCAACUGCUCUCCCCGAUCUCGAAAGAGGAUUGUAACUACAUCCGCUGUUUGGGGUUAAACUAUACGGAUCAUGCAAAGGAGGCCAACUUAGCUAUCCCGAAGGCUCCCAUACUUUUUACCAAACCACGAAAUGCUCUAUCUGGCCCUUACCCAGCGAUGAUCGAUAUUCCAAAGUGUGCACAGGAUGGCACGAGCGACUACGAAGCUGAGCUGUGUCUUGUCAUCGGCAAAAGUGGUCGUGACAUUCCCGAAGAAGAAGCACUGGACUAUGUGCUAGGAUAUACGGCUUCAAACGAUGUAUCCGCGCGAACUAUGCAAUUGAUUACCCCACAAUGGUGCUUCUCCAAGGGCCUUGAUGGAAGUUGUCCGAUCGGCCCUGUCCUCGUCUCCUCCUCUGUGAUUCAAGACCCCCAGACGCUGUCGAUAAAGGCUAUUCAUAACGGUACAACCGUGCAGGACGGUCAUACAAAAGACAUGAUCUUCUCCAUCAAGAAGCAGAUCUCCUACCUUUCUCAAGGCACGACGCUGGAGCCAGGAACAAUUUUCUUGACGGGGACGCCAGCCGGGAUUGGCUAUUUUCACGAACCCAGAGUGGUUCUGAAUGAUGGUGAUGAGAUAUCCGUUGAGAUUGGUCAAAUUGGAACCCUGGUCAAUAAAGUUCGGUACGAAAGUCGCUGA